AAGAAAGUCUACAGUAUGCAUUGGAGGCUCUGACUAUGAACGGCUGCUCAGUGGAAGAUCUAGGGCUGGACUUUACACUUCCUGGGUUCCCUAAUAUAGAACUGAAAAAAGGGGGAAAAGAUACACCCGUCACCAUCCACAAUUUAGAGGAGUAUCUCAGACUGGUUAUAUUUUGGGCACUAAAUGAAGGUGUUGCCAGACAGUUUGACUCAUUCAGAGAUGGAUUUGAAUCAGUCUUUCCCCUCAGUCAUCUUCAAUACUUCUAUCCUGAGGAGUUGGAGCAGCUUCUGUGUGGCAGUAAAACAGACACUUGGGAUGCAAAGACUUUAAUGGAAUGUUGCAGGCCAGAUCAUGGUUAUACACAUGACAGUCGAGCAGUGAAGUAUCUCUUUGAAAUUCUGAGUAGCUUUGAUAGUGAGCAGCAGAGACUGUUUCUUCAGUUUGUGACGGGUAGCCCCAGACUGCCUGUAGGAGGCUUUCGAAGUUUGAAUCCUCCAUUGACAAUUGUACGCAAGACUUUUGAGUCUACAGAGAAUCCAGAUGAUUUCUUACCCUCAGUAAUGACUUGUGUGAACUAUCUCAAAUUGCCGGACUAUUCAACUAUUGAGAUAAUGCGUGAAAAACUCUUGAUAGCUGCAAGAGAAGGGCAGCAGUCAUUCCAUCUUUCCUGAUCACAAUAAAAAUACAAUGUCUGCCUGUUACAGCAAAAGAAAAACUCAUGAUUCUUUUCUAAAUAUAUCACCUGAGUCAAGGAAACGUGUUACGCCUUCUUGUUGUAGAAAAACGGCUUGCAGAUUAUAAACAAAGACACUUGGUUGAUAUUCAUUAAAGGCCCCUAUGGACUUAAAGUGAUCCGGCCCUAAAAGUUGUUGUGACAAGGUUUCUUUAGCAAGUUCUUGUUUAAAUUAUCAUUUAUUUGAUGAGUGAAGUUUUUAACUUGCUUUGCUGUGUGAAAUUUAAAAAGGGAUGUUUUUCCAGGCUGGAACAAUAAAUGUCGCUGUGCAGUUUAA